AUGUCUGCAUCCGACCAAACCUGUUUCAACCAGCCCAGAUUGGUCACCAAGAAGGUUCUCGCCAAGCAUCAACGCGAGGGCGACGGUGCAAUUGUUCGCCGAUGCAUUGGAAGGAGUGAGUUGAAGUCUUUGGAUCCAUUUCUCAUGAUGGAUGAUUUUACAGUGUCUCCACCAGCUGGAUUUCCUGACCAUCCUCACAGAGGGUUUGAAACUGUUACAUACAUGUUACAGGGAGGCAUUACCCAUCAAGAUUUUGCGGGGCAUAAGGGUACAAUUCAUACUGGUGAUGUGCAGUGGAUGACAGCAGGAAGAGGGAUAAUCCACUCUGAAAUGCCUGCUGGUGAAGGUGUUCAUAAGGGCCUGCAGCUUUGGAUCAACCUCUCCUCCCAAGAAAAAAUGAUUGAACCAAGGUAUCAGGAGCUUUUAAGCGAGGACAUUCCAAGUGCAGAACAAGACGGAGUACAAGUUCGAGUCAUAGCCGGAGAAUCGAUGGGAGUCCGAUCUCCGGUCUACACCCGAACUCCGGCGAUGUACCUCGACUUCACCUUAAUGCCGAGGUCAGAAGUUCACCAACAAAUCCCGGAAUCAUGGAAUGCGUUUGCAUACAUAAUAGAAGGCGAGGGCGUGUUUGGGUACCAAAACAAGUCACCCAUAUCGGCCAACCAUGUGGCGGUUUUGGGACCGGGAGACGGGGUUAGCGUGUGGAACAAGUCAUCGUCGAAGACAUUAAGGUUUGUGCUGAUCGCGGGGCAGCCAUUGAACGAACCGGUGGUUCAACAUGGUCCCUUUGUGAUGAACACACAAGCCGAGAUUGAUCAGACCAUAAAGGACUACCACUGCAGCCAAAAUGGGUUUGAAAUGGCAAAGUACUGGAGAUCACAUUGAAUGAUGAAAAGUCCAUUAUCAAUAAGGAUGAACCACCAACAGUCUACUUCAAAAAAUU